CAAAAUUAGAGAUUAGGAAUCAAUCAAGGGUCUCAAAGAUUAAUAAGUUGGUAGAAUAUCUAUACAAACACGGUAAUGAUCCACCCACUCUCAAGAUUGAGAAGAAAGGCAACGACCUUAUGGUAACGGUGUACUGGACAGAUAAUUAUAGUUGGGGGGACCCUGAAACAUAUUAUUUAGAGUAUAAAGUAGAGGGAUUGACGGACUUGAUAGGUUCCUUUUGGGAUGAUUACACCACAACUAACCUGGAUGCUAAAUUAAGUGAUUAUGCCAAAACAGACGGUAGUAAUAUGACAGAUGAUAUACAAAAUAGAUUAAUGAGUCAUCACAUUACACAAGUAUUUGAUUUUUUCAGCAAUCUAGAGACGGAAUAUAAUGCUAUGCAUGGGUAAGAUCUUGUUUCACACAGNUAUCAACACAGCUAAACUGGAUACUAAAUUGAGGGAUUAUACCAGAACAGAUGGUAGUAAUAUAACAGAUGAUAUACAAAAUAAAUUAAUGAGUCAUCACACUGCACAAGUAUUUGAUUUUUUCAGCAAUCUAGAGACGGAAUAUAAUGCUAUGCAUGGGUAAGAUCUUGUUUCACACAGAGCACUGUAAUGCUCUGUGUUUUUUAUGAUCAAGCAUACUAACACUUUGCACAAGAUAUUGAGGUUUUAUAGUU